AUGCGCAUAUUAAAUAAACUUUACAAUCUUAGUCUGCGUGUCUGCUCAAAAAUGUCUACAGCAAAGUCAGAUGAUCAUUGGAAAAGUAUACUUACGCCUGAACAGUAUCGAGUAGCACGACUUAAAGGCACUGAAGCACCUUUCACUGGUGAAUACUAUCAUAAUAAAGAAACUGGUGAAUAUCUUUGUGUAUGCUGCGGUUCAAAAUUGUUUGAAUCGUCUACAAAGUAUGACAGUGGUUCAGGUUGGCCAUCUUUUUAUCAAGUUUAUGGAUCUGAUGGACGCAAUGAUUCACAAACAAAUAUUAUUCGAACAGAAGAUAAUUCACUCGAUAGUAAACGGAUAGAAGUUUCUUGUAAACAAUGUAAUGCUCAUUUAGGCCAUGUAUUUGAAGAUGGACCUCAACCAACUGGCUUACGUUAUUGCAUAAAUAGUGCAUCAUUAAAGUUUAAAAAGACUGAAUAA